AUGGUGUCGACUUGGCAAGCCAGCUACAAGACCACCGUCAGUGCAGGCCACAGCAGCAUCCGGCGAUCCCCGGAGUUAAUUUCGGAGUUUGACUGUUCGAUCAACGUGAACGGUAUUGUUCAGACUGGUACCGUUUUUGUAGUGGCGCAAAACUUGCAUAUCAUGGGACUGGAUCUCAUAGAAACGUUUCAGCUCGACUCGGUCCCUAUGAAAGCAUUUUGUCAGCAAAUUGAUUCGAGUACGGUGGUUGACAAGGUAAAGGCAGAUUUUCCGGAAGUUUUUAGUACCACUCUGGGGAAGUGCAGUAAGGCGACAGUUAAGCUGGAACUCAAGCCGGGGCAGAAAGCAGUUUUUCGACCGAAACGCCCGGUGGCUUAUGCAACCUACCGUGCUGUAGACGAUGAAUUGGAUCGUCUCGAACGCAUGAAAAUCAUUACGCCGGUGGACUACUCCGAAUGGGCCGCACCAAUUGUGGUCGUUCGGAGAGCAAAUGGGAACAUUCGGAUUUGCGGUGAUUAUUCCACGGGAUUGAACGACGCACUUCAGCCGCAUCAAUAUCCUCUACCGUUACCACAGGAUAUAUUCGUAAAGCUGGCAAAUUGUAAGUUAUUCAGUAUCAUUGACAUGUCAGAGUCUUAUCUGCAGGUUGGUGUCGAUGACGCCACGAGACUCAAGCACACCUGCGGUUACAUCGACGAUAUCGUCGUCGGUGGAGAAAAUGAGGAGGAACAUUGGCAUAACUUCAAAGCUCUUUUUCAACGGUUGAAGGAAGUCGGCUUCACCAUUCGUUUGGAAAAAUGUUCAUUCCAACGACAGCAGAUCAAGUAUUUCGGGCAUUUGCUUGACCACCAUGGAAUUCGACCAGAUCCAGUCAAGCUAGAAGCAAUUAAGUUUAUGCCAGCGCCAACAACCGUAUCGGAAAUGGAGAUUAUUGUUUCCGCAGAUGCGUCUUCUGUAGGCCUGGGUGCAACCAUCAGUCAUCGCUUUCCAGACGGGUCACUGAAGGUCAUUCAACAUGCUUCCAGAGCAUUGGCGCCAGCGGAACGCAACUGUAGUCAACCGGAUAGAGAAGAUUGGCCAUUAUCUUCGCGGUUACAAAAUUCCACCGCAUGA